AUGCAUCUACUUGGUCAAAUUAUAUUGUUUGUGUAUGGGGAUUUGUUUCCACUGACAAGUAAUGCGAAGCUCAACGAAGCACUGUGUCUCGCCAAUUCACUUGAAGACCAACGCGAUGGUUAUUUCCAUACCGAUUUCUUCGAUAAGCCUUUACCCCCUCAUGUACUUGUUCAGAAUCCUUCGCUUAAAGGUCAUAAGCCUCGUGCAGAUACUUAUUUUGGACCUGGAACGGUUGAUACUAUCAAAUGCCAUCUAAAUGCUGCUGAAACGAAGGGUGAAGUGGAUGUUGUUUUUGUUAAUGCAACACUGUCUGGUAUUCAACUUCGAAAUAUGGAGAGGGCUUGGAGUAAACCUGUGGUGGACCGUGUUGGUCUUAUAAUUGAGAUUUUCAAUGCUCAUGCAUACACUAAGGAAGCUAGGCUCAAGGCUGAACUUGCAGCUCUGUCGUACAAGAAGUCGAGACUCGUUCGUGUUCUUGGCCCUGGUGGUCGCUACACAUUUGGUGCUUCUGGAGAAGCUGAAGUUGUUAGUGCUCGAGGGAGAGGAGGUGGGGGCCAAGGUUUUAUGAGCGGUGCUGGAGAAACUGAACUCCAGCUUCAGCGGCGAAGAGUCUUAGAAAGGAGGAAUUAUUUACUAACGCAAAUUGAUGAGGUUCGUCGUACCCGUGCUGUGCAACGUGCUGGUCGGAAGAGGCAUGGGGGUUCGUCUGGUCAUCGCUUAGCCACCGUUGCUGUCGUUGGGUAUACAAAUGCUGGAAAAUCUACAUUAGUUAGUAAUCUAACGGACAGUGAUCUGUAUAGUGAUUGUCGACUAUUUGCUACCGUGGAUCCUAGGUUAAGAAGUGCAGCUCUUCCUUCAGGGAGGAAAGUGCUUUUUAGCGACACUGUAGGAUUUAUAUCUGAUUUGCCUGUUCAGUUUUGCACUGAGGACAAGAUUGGUUCACAUCUUUUCGCUCAUAUUCAUAACAAGGACGGCAAACCGGGAAAUUGA